AUGAUUGCUGGUUCAAUUGCUGGUGUUGCUAGUAGAACAUCAACAGCUCCAUUGGAAAGAGUUAAAAUUAUGUAUCAACUUAAUCAUUCUCGUCACUCAAUGUCAUUUUUACAAACAUGUAGAACAGUUUGGAGUGAUGGUGGUUUUAGAGGUUUAUUUAGAGGUAAUUUAGCCAAUAUUUUAAAAGUAUCACCAGAAAGUGCAGUAAAGUUUGCAACUUAUGAAUAUAUCAAAAGAUUAUUUGCAGCUUCAGACGCAGAUUUAACAUCAGCACAGAGAUUUGUAAGUGGUGCCGUUGCAGGUAUUGUUUCACACACUUCAUUAUUUCCAUUAGAGUGUGUUCGUAUGCGUUUAUCAGCUGAACCAGCCGGUACUUAUAGCGGUAUCAUUGAUUGUUUCAAAAAAGUUGCACAAAGCGAAGGCUCAAUCAAACCAUUCUACCGUGGUUUAGGUGCAUCUAUUGUAUCAACAAUUCCACACAGCGGUGUCAAUAUGAUGGUUUACGAGUUUUUAAAAUUUGAAGUCGUAAAAAGAACUGGUGCAGAAUUCCCAACACCAACUCAGCUAUUACUCUGUGCCUCAGCAUCGUCAGUUUGCGGUCAAUUGGUUGGUUAUCCAUUCCAUGUUAUCAAAUGUAGACUAAUUACUGGUGGUACCAUUGCAAAUCCAGAAAAGUACAAUGGUUUAUUUGACGGUAUGAAAAAAAUCAUUUCAAAAGAAGGUCCAAAAGGUCUAUAUAAAGGUAUCAUGCCAAAUUUUGCCAAAUCUAUUCCAUCCCAUGGUAUUACCUUUGUAACAUACGAAUUUUUCAAAAAGGCAUUUGAUAUUAAUUUAGAAAAAAAAGAAAAGAAACACUAA